UGGCAGUGGAAAAAGAAAAGACACAAGAGAAGGUGUCAAGAUUGGAGAAAGGAGAUCCCAGAGGUGGAAGAAGAGGAGAAUCAAAGAAGGGUUGCUCCACUGUAAUCAACCAUGGCCAGCAACCAGAGCCUCUCAUUGUCCCUGUGGGCUGCUCUAGCCCUGACACUGGUCAUAGCUGCAUGUCCUGUAACCAGUACUAAUCCUGAGGCCAACCAGAAGGCAGUGGGAGGUGUGGAGCCUGCUGACCCGAAUGAUGAGGAGGUGCAGAAAGCGGUGGACUUUGCUGUUGAAACCUACAAUGAUUUGACCAAUGGCGUGUACGUUAGCAAGCCAAUACAACUGAUGAGUGCCAGUCAGCAGGUCGUGGGUGGGAUGAACUUCUACUUGAAAAUAAAGUUUGGACAAACCACAUGUGCCAAAGCUCAGUUUGUUGAUUUGGCUGAUUGCCCCUUCAAUGAACAGCCAGAUCAGCAGGAGAAAACUAUCUGCAAUUUCGAGAUCAACACUGUGCCCUGGGAGAAUGAGAUCUCCAUGACAAACUUCAGCUGUCUCAGUACCUGAGGAUCUACACUGGGCUGCACUGGGCUGAUUUCCCCCUACUCUAGCUUCUCCUUUAGUUCCCCUUUCCUCAGACAAGGAUCUGAGCUCUGAGUGAUGUCUCUUCAGAAUGCAAAGAUCAGUAGAACAGGAUGCUGCAGCAGACCCUGCACACCUAAGUGGUUAAUUUCUUGUUGAUUUCUUUUACUGCUUUCCAAAUGCACCACUGUGUAGCAUUGCUUACACUUUUCUCAAUAAAAGACUGCCCCAGC